AUGAUUAGACGACUCUUAUUGGAUGAUCUAUCCUUGAUGCAAAUAUUCUUCUUCCUUUCACCAGAAGAAUUAUCACUCCGAGUUGGUCAAGUUUGCAAGCAAUGGUAUAAUGUAGCAAUCAGAAACGAUAUUUGGAGAUUUAUGUGUUAUAAAUGUAUUUCAGUUAGUGGAAAGAAUAGUAAGAUUGGUGUUGAUGAGUUUUUUGAUCGUAAUAGUAUUGACACAAGUAUUUCAGAGCAGUUUUUUAAGAAAGCCUACUAUGAUAAAAAGCUCAAGACAAAUUUACUAAUUAUUAGAAAUUUUGAUUCAAGAGUAACUGUCAAAUCAAUGUAUUUAGAAAAUGACGUUUCGUUACUGAAAUACAUUCCCCUUACUCAAUCCAAAGAAAAAAAAUCAAUCAAUUUUACUGUAAAGUAUGGAGAAAAACCUGAAUUUAUUGAUGAAAUAAUUAGGCAUAGAGAUUUAAUUUGUGUUAGUGAACAUAAUCACAAUUACGUAGUUGUGAAUUUAUGUGAGGUUUCUCCAAAACAAAGUAGAAAAAACCUUACUGGAUUCAAAAUACUUUGCAAAUAUGUUAUGAAACUAUCUCAUGAAGCAUUAUCAAAAUCCAAAAGAUGGGAAUAUAAACUAAUUGAAAGCUCAAUUUUCAUUCAAAGUCUAAUGAAAGGUCAAAAGAAGAAACAAUCAUGUUAUGAUUAUUGA